CAGGCUUGGGAGGUGGUUCGGAGCUGGCGAAGUUUCUAGGGGCGGCUGAGGGAGGGGUGAAUGGCACGGAAAGAGGGGUUGGGAGCGGCGGUAGGGAAAUGGAGAGUUCAGAAGACUUGCUUGUGAGCUGUGAGGAUGAACCUACUAACGAGGAUGAAGAGCAGCAGCAGUGUGAUCAGUAUAGGACUUGGGACCGAAGGGGCAAAUGACUCCCUAACUGCAGCAGCCGCAGCAGACACAGCAUCAGCAGCAGCAACACCAGCAGCAGGAGCAGCAGCAGCAGCAGCACCAGCAGCAGCACCAGCAGCAGCACCAGCAGCAGGAGCAGCAUCAGGAGCAGCACCAGCAGCAGCAGGCGGCAGCAAAGGCGGGGAAGAAAGGCGAAAGGGGCCGGCAUGGGAGCGGUUUCCAUCUGUCUGCGCCCCCUGCACACGCGGCAGAUUUUUCCGACAACACCGCAGUGUCAGACGAGCGCCUACUGGAGUGGAUCGAUGUGUCUCUGCUCAUGGGCGUGGACCGCAUCUAUGUGUACGACCGCUACGCCAUGCACAAGCGCGCGCUGCUCUGGCCGUACAUCGCCCGCGGGCAGGUGUUCACGUGCCGUUUCCGCCCUGGAGCGAGGUGUUUUAUCGCCAGGGCAGUACGCCGGCAAGGGCAAAGAAGCCUUACGCGUUCCCAGACAUUUACGACCAGGUGAUAUCGUUCGAGCACUGCAUGAUGCUGGGGCGGCGGUUGGGCGACAGGUGGCAGCUGCAGAUCGACAGCGAUGAGUUCGUCUGGUACCCGCCGUCAGCUGGCGGCUUCUUGAAGCCGCUUCUAGCGAGGAUAGAGGUCAACCACAUGCGCGAUCCGGGAAGCAGAUCGCCACUCCGGGCGAUUCUGCUGAGGCGGUUCAACUUCUGGGGAGUGAAGAAGGAGUCGCGCGGGGAUCCAGUGUCCGACAAGCUCUUGUGGCGCUGCAGCCAGCCCAUGUGGCACACCAAGACCUGGGUGGGGUGGCACGACAAGGUGGCCGUCAACCCACAGACCAUCCUGCCCUAUUCUGUGUCGAUCCACAACACUUUCGCCCCACCCGAGGAGAUGGCAACGGCCCCACCGGAAAUUCUCCACCUCAACCACUACACAUCCCGAGAAGUCGACUUGAACGAGCCGCCCUGCAACGCCACGGUGAAGCCGAUAGAGGACGCGAGCCUCUUCUGGGCGCGCAACCGCACGAUCGAAUGCAGGGCUCUGCCUUGUAGUAUUGCAAGCACCCCUGUAGAGUGCUGGCCUUUGUGCCAGCUGCCUUUCUAAUCCGUAAUCGAAAACAUAUGUUCAAAUGUAGGGUGAUUCUUUGUAUACAAACUGCGGGCUCCUGUGAGUCCCAAUCCCAACGUGAGUGCUCCACCUGAAUUACUUCACGUCACGGGAAGUCCACCUGAGCGGCCCUGCAAUGCCACAGUGAAGUGAACCCCAUAGAGGAUGCCACUGCCAGUCUCUUCCGGGUGCGCAGCCGCACGAUUGAAUUGAAUGCAGGGCGCUAUCAAAAUAGCCAAGUAAACUUGAGCAUGGGGUACAGGGGAGAUAUAAGGUUUGGUGUUGUAGGUGUCAUCUCAUACACAUUAGCUA